AUGGCAAACGGUCGCUCAUCCCAGGAUGACCGCAAGCUCGAGAGCGGCACUUCCGCCAACCAGGCCAAUUCCAAGCCCGCGGACGAUGGCCUGCACCCGGCUUUCUACAUUGCGCUCUGGAUCGCGCUGAGCUCGAGCGUAAUCCUGUUCAACAAAUGGGUUCUGGCAUCCGCCAAAUUCAAUUUCCCCCUAUUCUUGACAACUUGGCACAUGGUCUUUGCGACGAUCAUGACCCAGAUCCUGGCUCGCUUCACCCCUCACCUCGACUCGCGCCACAAGGUCCCCAUGAACCCGAACACCUACGCCAAGGCGAUUGUGCCCAUUGGAAUCAUGUUCAGCUUGAGUCUGAUCUGCGGUAACCUGGCCUACCUCUACCUGAGCGUCUCGUUCAUCCAGAUGCUCAAGGCGACCAAUGCUGUGGCAACCCUGCUGGCCACUUGGGCCUUCGGAAUUGCCCCCGCAAACCUCAAGACCCUCGGCAACGUGGGCCUGAUUGUCGUCGGUGUUGUGAUCGCCUCCUUCGGCGAGAUCAAGUUUGAGAUGACUGGAUUCCUGAUCCAGGUUGCUGGUAUCAUUUUCGAGGCCAUGCGCCUUGUCAUGGUUCAGCGCCUGCUCAGCUCGGCUGAAUUCAAGAUGGAUCCCCUGGUCUCGCUAUAUUACUAUGCGCCCGCAUGCGCUGUGACCAACGGCAUUAUCACUAUUUUCGCCGAACUCCCCAGAAUGACCAUGAACGAUAUCUACGGCCUCGGAUUGGGUACCCUCGUUGCGAACGCACUGGUUGCUUUCCUCCUCAAUGCUUCCGUUGUGCUCUUGAUUGGCAAGACCUCUGCUGUUGUCCUGACCAUGGCUGGUAUCCUCAAGGAUAUUUUGCUUGUUUGCGCUUCGAUGAUUAUCUUCCGUGACCCCGUCACUCUCCAGCAGUUCUUCGGCUACUCCAUCGCCCUCGCUGGACUGGUCUACUACAAGCUCGGUGCGGAGAAAAUGCAGUCUCUUGCCACGGACGUUCGUCUCCAGGUCGGCGAGUACCAGCGCAGCAACCCCGCGAAGGCCAAGGUCAUCAUCAUCGGCGCUGUCGUGGCGAUCGUGUUGCUUCUUAUGUACAGUGGGAGCGGAGCUGCGACCACCAAGUUGACCACAUAA